AAUCCGAGAAGUGAGUUUGUUGCACAACAGCCGCAAGAUUGUACAAAAGUGAAGGUCGUAAUUGCUGAGUUUAUUUGAACUGAAGAAUAAUAACAGAGCUUAAAGAUAACGGCAGAGCUUAAAGAUAACAUCUGAGCUUAAAGAUAACAACCAAGCUUAAAGAUAACAGAGCUUAAAGAUCACAUCCUGAUUAAAGCACAGAUAUGGGAAAGAAGGGACGUGGUAGAUCAAGAGGUAGGGCAAGGGCAGAUGUUGAUCUAGACGCUCCAGUGAGACGCCCUGGGGAGCCAGUUGUAGAGGAGGAUUUUCCCACUUUAUCUGCACCACCCCCUGCAGCCAAUGCCUGGGGGAGGGGGGCAAUACCAAAAAUCCCAGGAGGUCAGAAUGGUGCUAGGAAUAAUUCAUCUCCCCCUAAUGGAGAUGGUCACCCUAAUAGGCCUCAUCCUGAUGGAGCUACUCAUCCUAAUGCUCCAAUGAGACACCCUGGGGAGCCAGUUGCGAAGGAGGAUUUUCCCACUUUAUCUGGACCACCCCCUACAGCUAAUGCCUGGGGGAGGGGGGCGAUACCAAAGAUCCCAGGAGGUCAGAAUGGUGCUAGGAACAAUGCACCUCACCCUAUUGGAGAUGGUUACCCUCAUGUUCACCCCAAUGGAGCUACACAACCUAAUGGAUCAGCUCGGGGCCGGGGACGAGGAGCUAGAAAAGAAAGUCCACCAGGGGUGGGUCUCCACUCUGAUUUACCCUUAGCUAGCUCUGGAGCAGGCUUGGAAACUCAAGUAAAAAAUCUGGUGAUCAAUCAAGCCCCGUUACCAGGACAACAACAACAACAGGAGCAAGGGGGUGGUGCCAUGGGUGGUGACGAGGCUGCAUUGAAUGUAAACAAUGAUGCAGCAGAACAAGGCAAUGCACAAGCAUUGAUGAGAUACCAGCCACAAAUCAUAAGACCCGAUCAUAUCAAAGAGGGAGCUCAAGGAACAUUGGGUGAAGCUGUUGUAUUAUCAACAAAUUAUUAUAAAUUUCUACAAGUGCCAAACCAUGUGGUUUACAAGUACCAUGUGGACAUGGAUCCCCAGGUUGAUUCUCUAAAGCGGAGGAAGCAAAUCCUGAAUAGAUUUGCAUUCGCUGAACAGCUCGGGGAUGUCGUAGAGUUCGAUGGCUGCGGUCUCUACCUGCCGAGGAGGCUUAUUGAUUUGCCUCUUGAGCUUUACAGGGAGCAACGUGAUGGGACUCGCAUACGGAUUACAAUCCGGGACAUCCACGAAGUCCAACCUGGAUCACCAGAUUUUCUACAUCUCCUUAACAUUGUCUUGAGAAAUGUAAUGAAGCAUGACCUGGGAAUGCAGUUAAUUAAACGAGACUUCUUCGAUCCAGAGCAGAAAGUCAGGAUAGAGCGUCAUGGGUUUGAAGUUUGGCCAGGUAUAGAAACAGCCAUCAUGUCAUACCAAGGUAACGUGCUCAUGAUGUCAGCUGACAUUUUGCACAAGAUCGUGCGAACCUGUACUGUUCUGGGAAGAAUGCAUGAGCUAGCUGUGGACCAUAGAACUGGUAGAUGUCUCGAUAGAGAUCGAGCAUAUGAGGCAUUCGCCAGGGAACUUGUUGGAUCAUCCAUUCUUACAAAGUACAACAAUAAGCAGAGACAAAUCAUUGACAUCGACAUGGACAGCUCACCUCUGUCCAAGUUCACGUGGAGAGGGCAGGACACAACAUUCAAAGAGUACUACAUGAAGCAAUACAACAUUCAGCUUCUCGAUGAUGAUCAGCCGUUGAUCUUGGUAAAACCAAAGGACGCAGAGAGACGUCGCGGAAUCAACCAGGUUCUGCUUGUUCCUGAACUCUGUCUCAUGACAGGUUUGACGGAGGCUGUAAGAUCAGAUUAUCGGGUGAUGCAAGACAUAGCCGUCCACACUCGCUUGUCGGCUGCAGAACGGGUUAAAAGACUAGAAGGAUUCAACAACAGAUUCAGGAACACUGAAAAUGCAGCGCGUAGGUUAGAUACGUGGGGUAUCAAGUUUGAUGACAAAAUGGUCUCACUGCAAGGUCGACUUCAGUCUGCUGAAAAAAUUUAUAUGGGAAUUUACAUGGGAAAAAAGCAUAAUUUUAAGGUAGGCCCGAAUGCUGAUUGGUCGAGAGAAAUGCGGGACGUGCCUAUGCUGGUACCAGUCUCACUGAAAUCUUGGUUGUUUGUGUACACACAGAGAGAUGAGAGGAUUGCGCAGAACUUACUAAGGACUCUUAAAAAAGUGGGACCACCUAUGGGAAUGGUCAUAGAGGAUCCAGAGACUGUGGUGAUAUACCAGAACAGGAUCGGUGAUUGGGUGAGAAGUAUAACGGACAACAUUCGGCACAAGGAGACACAAAUUGUCAUGCCUCUACUGCCAACCAAGAAUGUACCUCUCUACAAUGCUAUCAAGAAAACUGUCUGUCUUGAUGUUCCAAUGUACAGUCAGUGUGUAGUGGCCAAUACAGUGAGGGAUGAGAGAAAAGUCAUGUCAAUUGCAACAAAGAUAGCAAUACAGAUGACAUGCAAGCUUGGUGGCGCCCCCUGGAUGACAUCCUCUAUCCCUGAACAGUUGCUUGGCAUUAUGGUUGUUGGUAUAGAUGUGAACCAUGACACGACAACUAGCCGUUCUGUUUGUGGAUUUGUGGCGACUAUGAACAACACAUUCACCAAAUAUCACACUCAGAGCUACUUGGAGCCUAAAUUUGCGGAGAUUCAGAGCAAUCUUGAGACGCGAUUUGCAAUAAGUUACAAUCGCUACAGGGAGCAGAAUGGAGGUGAACUUCCAAAACACAUAUACGUGUAUCGUGACGGGGUUGGCGACGGCCAGAUUAAUAUUGUUCUAGAAGAGGAGGUCAGGGCCAUAAACCAUUCUCUGGACAAAUGUUACACUGCUAAUGGACACAAGAAACCUGGAUUGACAGUGGUCAUCAUCAAGAAGAAGAUAUCAACAAGAUUCUUCUUACGUGAUGGACGUGGCACCAUGAACCCACCACCAGGGACUAUUGUUGACUCCCAGAUUACACGACCUGAAUGGUUUGACUUCUUUAUGGUGUCGCAAUCUGUAAGGCAGGGAACGGUUACCCCCACUCAUUUCAACGUAAUAUAUGAUACCAAUAGGUGGCAGCCAAAUUAUCACGAGAAGUUGGCAUACAAAAUGUGUCAUCUUUAUUACAACUGGCAGGGGACUGUACGUGUGCCAGCACCAUGCCUGUAUGCCCACAAGGCGGCGUUCCUGGUGGGAACUGCCCUGGGAGGCAAGUCCAUUCACAAGGACCUUGAGGGAACACUAGCUUAUCUUUAA